AACCCUGAAUGAAAAAAACAAAAAAAAGCAUUAGGAGCAGAACCCUGGAGCCAUACAUCAUACACGAUUGCAUAAAAAAAAACAUCAAUCCACUAACUCAAAUCCAUUUAAAUAAAAGUCAGAAGGAAACCAUAUUAAUUAACUCAAAUCAGAUGAUAGAGGUGGGCAAAUGAACUCCACCUUUUCUCAAAAUAAAAUCGAGAAUCAAAAGUUUGACAUCUGAUUUACGCCAAACUGAGACAGCAUCACCUGAGAAAACCAUUGUAUCAAAGUUAGAGCAGAAGCAUCUUUCCAUUUCAACAAAAUAGCCCUUCUGGCCGAUAAUGUAACAAAUGCAAUUACAUGUUGGUCUGAUGGAGAAAUACCAUGAAUAUAUUGAUGGAUUAUGCCAAAUAAAACAGUCAAUUUAGUAGGUUGUAAAUUAAUUUUUAAAACUCUAGACAUUGUAGAGAAAAUAGACUUCCAAAAAUGUUUCAGUACAGAACAUGACCAAAACAUAUAGGAGCUGGAUAUACAAGUAUUUGGAUCAAUGUGGACUGAUUCAGGAUAGGCAGCAUGACUUUCAGCAUGGUAGGUCAUGUCUAACCAAUCUUACAGAGUCUCUCGAGGAAGUUAUCAGGAAAGUGGAUGAAGACAAGGCAGUGGAUGUUGUCUACAUGGACUUUAGCAAGGCUCUUGACGAAGUCUCAUUUGGGAUGUUGGUCAAGAAGUUUCAGUCACUCAGCAUUGAACAUGAGAUAGUAAAUUGGAUGAGUAAAUUGGGAGAAGCCAGAGUGUGGUGGCAGAUGGUUGCCUCUCUGACCCGAGGCCUGUGACUAGUGGUUGCCACAAGGAUCACUGCUGGAUCUGUUGGUGUUUGCCAUCUAUAUCAGUAAUCUGAAUGUUAACAUGGUUAGCUGGAUCAGCAACUUUGUGGAUGAAACCAAGUUUGGGGUGUAGUGAACAGCAAGGAAGACUAUCAUGGCUUGCAGUGUGAUCUGGACCCGCUGGAAAAAUGGGUUAUGAAAUGCAAAAUGGAAUUUAAUGGAGAUAAGUUGCAUUUUGGUAGGACCUAGGUCUUACACAGUGAAUGGGAGGGCAGUGAGGAGCACUGUAGAAGAAAGGGAUCUGGGAAUACAGAUUCACUGGGAAUUCACUGCCAGUGGCAUCAGAGGUUGAUAGGGUUUGAAAGAAAGAUUUUUGCACAUUGGCCUUCAUAAACCAAAGUGUUGAGUGCAGGAGAUGGAUGUUAUGUUGACUUUGUACAAGACAUUGGUGAUGCCUAAUUUGGAGUAUUGUGUGCAGUUUUGGUCACCUACCUACAUGAAAGAUAUAAAAGAGGUUGGAAGAGUUCAGAGAAAAUUUACAAGGAUGUUGCCAGGUCUGGAGCACUUGGGUUAUAAGGGAAGAUUGUACAGGUCAGGACUUUAUUCCUUGGAGCAUACAAGACUGAGGGGAGAUUUGAUUCUGAUAGAGGGGCAUAGCUAGGUUAAAUGCAGGCUGGCUUUUACCACUGAGAUGGGGUGAGACUACAACCAGAGACCAUGUGUUAAGGGUGAAAGGUGAAACGUUAAGCGAAACAUGAGGGGAAACUUCUUCACACAGACGGUCAUCUGGGUGUAGAAUGGGCAGCCAGCACAAGUGGUGCAAUUUCAGCAUUUAAGAUGUUUGUAUAGGUACCUAAAUGGCAAGGGUAUGGGAGUGUGCAUUUGAAGUAGUUCAGCACUAACUAGAUGGCCCAAAGGGCCUGUUUCUGUGUUGUAAUUUUCUAUUACUGUAACAAGAAUCUGAAAUAAUACAAAAAUUCAUUCUAAAUCCUUUUAACAGCUGUGAAGACCAACCAUUCAUCUCAGCAGGAAUUUUUUUUUAAUAUGGCGUUAAAACUGUGGCACGUUAAGUUAAGGAAAAUCACAGUUGCACAUCAAGAAAGACUAUUUGCAUGAGACUGUUUCAGUUACUGUGGGGCCAGGCACCCAUGCUGCUCAGCAGGAACAGAAAGUAAUACCAAUGGAGAGAGUCCAACUGAGCCAAGGUACAAAUUGGAGAUGGCAGAAAUGCCCCAUUCCUAUAGUGACACAAGAGCAUGAGGAAAUUGAUGGUCAUUCCAGAUACCAGCACUGUGCCCAGUCAGGAGAUGAUUUCUCUCUGUCCAACUUGGGUUGAACCUCACUGUAACAGUGUGAUACCAGAUCAAACCUUGGCAACUCAAGUGAUCUCAUCUGAAAUGUUGUCUUACACCCAUUGAUGGAUUUUGUAAAUCUUGUUACAGGUUGAAAAUGAGAAGGAAUUUAUCUCCAAGACUCGCAAACACGGCACACCAGUUUUGCUGUCUCCGAUUAGAUACUUAAGAAGUGGAGCAAGGGAUUCAAUACACCAUCUGUCCUGCUCAGACUGGGGAGGGAUUCACUCGGUCAUUUGGCUAACUAGCAUGUCCAUCAUUUUACGCAGGAGAAAGGCCGUUCACGUGCUCAGACAGUGGGAAUGGAUUGAUUCGGUUAUCUCAAUUGAAGGUACAUCAGCAAGUUCACUCUGGGCAAGGCCAUUCACCUGUUCUGUGUGUGGGAAGGGAUUCAGUCAGUCUUCCCACCUGUGCACACACCAGUCAGUUCACAACACACCAGGCAGAGGCUGGUCAUCUGCUGAACUUCUGGGAAAGGAUUCACUCAGUCAUCUGACCUAAUGGCUCAUCAGCGAGUUCAUACUGGGGAGAAGCCAUUCACCUGCUCAGAUUGUGGGAAGAGAUUCACUCAUUCAUCCACCCUACAGAGUCACCAGCGAGUUCACACUGGGGAGAAGCCGUUCGCCUGCUCAGAUUGUGGGAAGAGAUUCACUCAUUCAUCCACCCUACAGAGUCACCAGCGAGUUCACACUGGGGAGAAGCCAUUCACUUGCUCAGUCUGUGGGAAGAGAUUCACUCAGUCAUCUCAAGUACAGAGUCAUCAGCGAGUUCACACUGGGGAAAAGCCGUUCACCUGCGCAGAAUGUGGGAAGGGAUUCACUCAUUCAUCCACCCUACAGAGUCACCAGCGAGUUCACACUGGGGAGAAGCCAUUCAUCUGCUCAGAAUGUGGGAAGGGAUUCACUGAUUCAUCCAGCCUACAGAGACAUCAGCGAGUUCACACUGGGGAGAAGCCGUUCACCUGCUCAGAAUGUGGGAAGGGAUUCAUUGAUUCAUCCAGCCUACAGAGACAUCAGCGAGUUCACACUGGGGAGAAGCCGUUCACCUGCUCAGAAUGUGGGAAGGGAUUCACUCAGUUAUCCAACCUACUGAGUCAUCAGCGAGUUCACACUGGUGUGAGGCCGUUCACCUGCACAAUCUGUGGGAAGAGAUUCACACAGUCAUCCACCCUACUGAGUCAUCAGCGAGUUCACACUGGAGAGAAGCCGUUCACCUGCUCAGACUGUGGGAAGAGAUUCACUCAUUCAUCCACCCUACUGAGUCACCAGCGAGUUCACACUGGGGAGAGGCCGUUCACCUGCUCAGUCUGUGGGAUGAGAUUCACUCGGUCAUCCGACCUACAGAGUCAUCAACGAGUUCACACUGGGGAGAAGCCAUUCACUUGCUCAGUCUGUGGGAAGGGAUUCACUCAGUCAUCCACACUACAGAGUCACCAGCGAUUUCACACUGGUGAGAGGCCGUUCACCUGCUCAGAAUGUGGGAAGAGAUUCACUCAAUCUUCCACCCUACAGAGACAUCAGCGAGUUCAUACCGGUGAGAAGCCAUUCACCUGCUCAGAAUGUGGGAAACGGUUCACCCUGUCAUCCCACCUAGUGGAACACCAGCGAGUUCACACUGGGGAGAGGCCAUUCACCUGCUCAGAAUGUGGGAAGAGAUUCACUCACUCAUCCAACCUACAGACUCAUCAGCGAGUUCACACUGGGGAGAAGCCGUUCACCUGCUCAGAAUGUGGGAAGAGAUUCACUCGCUCUUCCUCCCUACAGAGACAUCAGCGAGUUCACACCGGGGAUAAGCCGUUCAUCUGUUCAUAAUUUGGGAAAUGAUUCACUCAGUCAUCCCAACUACUGGCACACCAGUCAGUUCAUAAUGGGAAGUGGCCAUUAUUAUGAAUCCCUAGGUUUUGUUUGCUGCGGACUGUCAUUUUAAGACAGAGAGACAGAAAUUAGGAUGGUGAGUCAGUCUGACUUGCAGGUUGUUUAAUUUGCUCGCAGCUUGUUUGGUUUUAACCGAGGACACAGACACUCAGACAAAGAUGAAGGAGGAAAAGUGGAAGGAUUGGAACUGGGGAACUAGUGGCCGAGGGUCACUGUUUGGAACUUUUCUAUGACCACAAGGGUGGGUUAAUUAUUGAUUCACCAUACAUCAAAUGUGUGGUUAUCACCUCGUUUGAUCCAUAGGUGUGGAUCGGAUUUGGCAUAUCCUGUGAAGACCACUUAAGUGUUAACGCUUGGCUGGGUGUGGUGUGGUAAUUCACUUGAAGACGAUACCCCUUGUGACAAGUCACUUUCGGUGAUCAUUCGUAUGUGGAUUUGGAACGAUGAAGCAUAAAAUCUACAGUGACUGUUGUCUCGUUCUACCACGGUGGAGCCUGUGGAAUUCGACACAAUUGCCUUCUCGCGCCAUUUACCCUGGCUUACAGAUAUCUCUGUCAUCACCUAUUCUGUGGUUGAACUGAACUUUCAUACUCUUAACGCAUCAAGACUCGAAGCCUUGUUUCCCCCAAGCUCAAUAGUUUGGAAGUUAUAUUUACACACACAUAUACACACAACUUCUGGUUAUCUUGCUUAAGUUACUGUAUUAUAACUAGAUUCUAAUAAAGAUUGUUUUAACAUCAAAAACAAAUUUCAGGUGUCGUCUAUUGCUGCUGGUUCAUUUCUAAAGCGUUACUAUUCAUAACAAAAUUGGGGCUGUGUCCGGGAUAUGAACAGACUUGGGGCCAUAUUGAUUGAUAAAUUAUUGAUUUCAUUGGGGAAAUCCCUUUUGAUUUAUUUGUGUGUGGAAUAUCAGCAGCAAUGGAUGUUGAUAGAUUUCCAGAAGUGCCAACCUCUGAGGCAUUAGAGGACGCCAGUAGGAUUCAGUUGUUGAGUAUUGCUGAAAGGUUAGAACUUGCUAAGGUGACAUUGACAAUGAAGAGAGCACAGAUGAAGAGGAUAAUAGCAGAACAUUAUGUAUCUGAAGGUGUGUUUAAAGUGGAGGAGUGUUUCCUGAAAGUAAAUCCAGUGAGCUUGAGGUCCAGUGCAAGUUAGAAAAAUUAAAGAUGGAGGCUGCAGAAAGGCAGAGGCAGUUUGAGGCUAGAGAGGCAGAAAAACAGAGGGAGGAAAUAGAAAGACAGAGGGUGUUUGAGCUGGAAAAGAUUGAGAUAUUGCAGCAAAGGGGUCUAGCGUUAGACUCUGGUGAUGUUUGAGGCCAGUGAGGAAGUUAAAUUGGUAGAAUAAACAUGAGAAAAGUGGUUCGACAGUGGUUCUCCCUAUAGAUGCUGCCCGGUCUGCUGUGUUCCACCAGCAUUUUGUGUGUGUUAGUUAAAUUGGUACCUCCUUUUUAUGAGGCAGAGUUUGAUGAAUACUUUCAGCUGUUUGAGAAGGUCGCUCAAAGUUUAAAGUGGCCAAAAGAGGAUUGGCAUAUUCUCUUACAAACUGUAAUUAAGGGGCAGGCUCAGCAAGCAUAUUCUGCUUUGACAGUUGAUGAAGCAGCUGAUUAUGUCUUAGUGAAACAGGCUGUGCUCUAAGCUUAUGAGUUGGUCCCUGAAGCAUACAGGCAAACGUUCAGAAAUUUGAGGAAAUCUGUGAGUCAGACUUAUAUGGAAUUUGCUUAUGAGAAGUUUGUGUGUUUUGACCACUGGUGCACAUAUAAAAAUAUAAAUGAUGAUUUUAACGGCUUGAAAGAGUUGGUUUUAAUUGAACAAUUCGAAAGGUGCGUCUGAUGACAUAAAGACAUAUUUAGAUGAAAAGGAUGCUGCCACUUUGCAGGAGUCUGCUAAAUUAGCAGAUGAGUAUGCUUUAACUCAUAAGGUUAAGUUUACCUCGAAUAAGAGCUUCCAAAAUAGUAGCAGGGAUCACCAGGGUAAACCAAAAAUUAAUGCUGGGACGAGUGACAAGAGUAGGGAUGAAGGGAAGCAGUUGGAGGAGAAAUAUUCUGGUCUUACUUGUUAUUGUAAGAAAGCUGCUCAUAUGAUGGUCAGUUGUUCAAUUUGAACUUGGAUAUGCUCAGGGAGUGAGGGACCUUUGACCUUGUUAAAGGAACAGUGGAUUGACGGGGAUGUCCAUGUUGCCUUGUUAGAAUAUGUUUUGAAGUUCAAAAACAUACACCAGUCUUGUAGUCUAGCAAGACAUCUGAAGAAGAAAAAGAAAAAGGAACCAGCCCCGACUGCCUGUGUUCUGUAUGUUGAAGCACAUAUAACCCCACAGGGUUCUGAACAUUCUGUUGAGACUCAGUUAAGGACUGAGAGGUCUGACCGAGUUAAGAAGGGAUUUGAUUAUUUUAGGUCUGAUGGCUUUGUAUUAGUAAAGCAAGGGUCUACGAAGGUACCAGUGAAAAUUCUUCCAGAUGCUGAGGCUUUUCAGGAACUUAUAUGAGACAGUGUUCUAAAGUUUGGUGAUGAGACUGACACUGGUGAGGUAAAUCUUAUUAAAGGCAUUGGGAGUGGCGUGGUUUCUGUGCCAUUGCACAAGGUACCUUUACAAUCAGGGUUGGUUUCCAGACCUGUUAAGAUCAGAUUGUGCUCCAGUUUACUGGUGGAAGAUGUUACAUUGCUAUUAGGGAAUGACCUGGCAGAUGGUAAAGUUGUUCCUGCUGUGCAGUUGACAACUAAGCCAACCACUGACGACCCAUAGAUGGAUUUUAACAUUUAUCCUUCCUGCGCAGUAACUCACAGUAUGGCUGAAUGGUCUGCCGACGCAGACAGUUCUAUGGAGCAUGAUUCUGAUACCCAUGAUAGCCAAAAUCGGGAUUCAGAUUAUGCUGACUUGUCAGGGACUUUUCUGCCUUCAAUGUUUCAACAGGAUUCAUGUACACAGUCUGAUGAGAAAGACUUAUCCCUGUCUAGGAAGGAGUUUAUAGCAGAACAGAACCGAGACCCUGAGAUUGAAGCUUUAAAAGAAACGGCUGUCUCUGAUGAUGAGAUUAAGUAAGUGCCAGUAGGGUAUUAUCUCAAGGAUGGAGUGUUAAUGAGGAAGUGGAUGCCACCUGCGACACCUGUGAGUGAGGAAUGGGCAACUGUUCACCAAGUUGUAGUUCCUAAAGUUUACAGGACUGAAAACUUAACUUUGGCCCACAGUAUGUCCUUAGGUGACCAUUUUGGAGUGAAUUAAACUGUAAAAAGGAUUAUGAAGGAAUUUUACUGGCCUAAUUUGAGGAAAGAUGUUGUGAUCCUUUGCUGAACCUGUCACACUUGUCAAGUUGUGGGUAAACCUAAUCAGGUCAUACUAUUUUGGAUUGACCUGCAUUCGGUGAACCCUUUUCCAAAGUUAUAGUGGAUUCUGUUGGCCCAUUGCCAAAGACUAAAGCUGGCCAUCAGUAUUUGCUAACUAUUAUGUGUACUGCAUCCAGAUUCUCAGAGGCAAUACCUUUCAGAAAUAUUAAAGCUAAAAUGUGGCAAAGGCUCUUACCAAGUUUUUCAA